CGCCGACUCAGACUAAUUUGUAGCACUUUAUCUUAACAUAGCAUAUGAUUUUAAGCAGACACGAGAACUGUUGGCGUUACUGAUAUUAUUCUUUGAAUUCCGUUUUACAGUCCGAUUCACUUCCACUUCCAUUCAUUUGGUCGUUACGUAGACAAUGAAGCAAGGCUGUGCACUAUAGUACCGUGAUGUGAGUAGGUACAGCCCGCGUGGGCUCCUAAUGAGUAAUGACUUGUCAAGGGUGACCUGUGUUCGACCGAACAUUUGACUUUGGCCUGAAACCGCCUUCUUUUACGCCCAAAUCGUAAUUGCCUUUUAUAGAAGGUAGUAUUAUAUUAUGUUAAAAUCUUGGCAAGCCACGUUCCAUUAUCACUGAAGGUCGAAUUUGGCUUUAAUAGCUGGAUAGCCUAUUCAUUAUAAACUUUCCUCGGAAAAUCCUUUUAGGUUUAAAAAAUAUAGAAGUAACCAAUCGAAAAACAUUAAAUAAGCAACUUUGCAAUCUGCUUGCUAUGGUAAUAAAACGAUACCGAACGAAAGGUACCGAAAAAUUGGUAUCGUGUAGUCCCUAGCGAGCUGCAACCCUGAUAACGAACAUAACAAUAACAGUAGGGUGGCCUUGGAAGACCGCUACCCUUCAUUUUAAUCAGGCUUUGAACACAAUGAAAACUGCUUUCGUUAUAUUUUAUUGGUAAAUUAUGACUCAUUUUUGUUUAGGUUUAAGGAUUUCAAAUAAAAACUGACAGCCUUACUUAUGAACGUGAAGUAAAUAAUAAGUAAUACUUAAGGGCUGUUUAAGAAAAUUCCUUAUAAACGUUGAUUAAGCAUGUCUUAACUAACAUUUAAUCACUACUUAAGACUUUAAGUAGUGAUUAGUUAAAACGUUGCUUAGAAGGUGAUUAGAGAUUUUUAUAAGUAAGGGGGUGAUUGUUUAGAUAAGAACAAAUUUACUGUACGAGUAUUUAAGUAGUGGUAAAUAGUCGAAGGCCUGAGAUAUCAUAUUCAUGUCUUAGUUGUUACGGAUACGAUUUUCCGCCUAAACAUUUCCUUCGUCGUAUACCCACAUUACAUGUGUAUUUAUCCGAAAAUAGAAUUAGCAUAAAAGCAUUUAACGCCUUUGUAACCGCAGUAAUUCCGUCCGUUUGAUUUAUCAUACUUCGUAAGAUAAACAAACACUUCAUUGAAAAAUAUUUUAUUUCCAAGCCGACUGCUGUAAAUGCUCGCUUUAACACCUGUUUACAUACUUCAGUAAUUUUAUAUGUCGUCACGACUUUUCACAAUAGAUUUUACUAUCAAGUUUAACGAUCGUACAUUGUUAUAAUUACUUAAAAAUAUUUUAAUUUCGUUUAAAGAAUUUUGAACGCGUUAGGUACUUUUUAUUGGACGUGCAUAACUUGAUACGUCUAAUUAUACUAAGGAACUGUUCGUAAUACAUUAUUUUGUGGAAUGUGUGUUAAUAUGAAAACGAUAGUUUUUAUUACAAUAGUUACAAUUGUUCUAAAUCUAUGUUCUUUGACAAGAAGUGGGAGAGUCAAGAGAGUGGUUGGAGCCAUGGAUGUCGACUGUGGCACACAGCCCCGCGUAGCAUCUCUACGGAGUUUGAAGAGCCUACGCCACUCGUGCGGCGCUACGCUUCUAACUGCGCAUUUUGCCAUCACAGCGGCCCACUGCGUGGAGAAAGAUAAAGAUCAGUAUCUAGAGCUGAACAACUACUGCGUCCAAGAUAACGAGGGUCCCCCUAAAGCUGAAGUACUGGAAGUUAUCACAAACCCACUAUAUGAUCCGAUCACGAGAGCGCAUGACGUGGCUUUGCUGCGGAUCGCCCUACAUCUGAGUGACGUCACGUGGCUUAACUCCUCGCUAUUGCCCACAUCCUCGUUCGGGAUAUCAGGUGAAUGUACAAUAUACGGGUACGGGUUCCAAGAUGUUGAUACGCAGGUAAGUUCUGAGCGUCUGCUGGCGGGUUCGCUGAGGAUAGUGUCAUUGGACCGGUGCGCUACAGCGCUGGGUCCGCGCGUCGCGCCACGCCACGACGGCGGCAUGCUGUGCGCGCUAGGCGACCGUGUCGACGCCUGCCAGGGUGAUUCUGGUAGCCCGCUAAUAUGUUCCGGAGUUAUCGAAGGCAUAAGUAGCUACGGCAUGAGCUGUGCAGUGCCAGGCCUUCCUGGAGUGUACACCAGCAUCGGCCCGCACCUUCCAUGGAUACGUCAAGUGAUACAAGAUCAAUGAAUAAACUUAAACAAUA